AUGAACUUUUUGUUUGUCUUUUUGUUGGCGCUUGUUUGUCCCGUGUGGGCCAAGAGAUCUCUCCUGGCCACUUCUUUGGUGACAUGCAUGGAAAACUCCCAGAUUUCGCCCUCUUAUUUUAACGUCACAUUUAACCCCGAUGACAGAUCCUUGAAAUACAAUAUCGACUUGGUCACGGAUAUCUCGGCCAAAGUCGAGGCCCAUGUGCGUGUCUACGCUUAUGGCUUUUUGAUCAUCGACAAGAACAUCGACAUGUGUACUUUGGACUGGAAGCAGUUCUGUCCUAUUUACCCUGGCUCGAUGCAGAUCGAAUCGAUCGAGUACGUCUCAGAACACUACGUCAAGGAAAUCCCUGGAAUCGCCUACACGGUUCCAGAUAUUGAUGCUGUGGUGAAACUCGAUGUCUACAACAAGCAAACAGGAGAACGUUUGUCUUGUCUUCAAAGUACUUUCACCAACGGAAAGACCGUCUCUCAAGUCGGAAUCAAAUGGGCCACUGCGUGUAUUGCAGGUUUAGGUUUGUUGAUUGCAGCCGUCUUAUCCACAUUCGGAAACUCGAAUGCUGCGUCCCACAUUUCGACAAACGCCGUCUCCUUAUUCUUGUACUUCCAGUCUGUGGUGAUUGUUUCGAUGCAAAAUGUCGACAGAGUGCCUCCUAUUGCUAGUGCGUGGGCAGAAAACUUGGCUUGGUCCAUGGGAUUGAUCCGGGUUCACUUCAUGCAAAAGAUUUUCAGGUGGUACAUUCAGAGUACCGGCGGUACCCCUACUACUUACUUUUCUGGUACGACGAGGCAAAUUUUAGUGCAGCGGUCACAGCUGUAUUUGCGCAACCUUCAUGAUUAUGCCAUGAAUGAUUUCAAAGUUCCAUCUGGUAUCAAGCGCUCGUUGAACUUUUCAUUGAAGUCCAAUAUUAACUUAAUCGUCUUGAGAGGUAUUGAAAGAGUCGGUUAUAGAACGCACAUUGAACCUACCUCGAUUGUUGCGACAGGUUUCACCUUUUUCGUCCUCUGUGGCUUCCUUCUGGUCGUCAUCAUUUACUUUGUUAAGCUGAUCACGGUGCUUUUGAUUAGAAUGAAAAAAAUGAACCCAAACAGAUUGUCUCAUUUCAGAAAGUCCUUCAGCACCAUCGCUAAAGGUACUUUGUUAAGAUACAUCUACAUUGGCUCUACCCAAAUCAUCAUUCUUUCAUUGUGGGAAUUUACGCGAAAUGAUUCACCAGCACUUCUUGUUAUCGCAGUGAUUGCGCUCAUAGCAACUUUGGGUGUUCUUGCUCUCUCUUUUUGGAAAACUUAUACCAUUGGUGAGCAUUCGAGAAAAGAAUACUCGAAUCCUGCGGCUCUCUUAUAUGGAGAGACCAAGAUAUUGCAAAAGUUUGGCUUUUGUUAUACCAUGUUCCGUGCUGAGAAGUACUGGUUUGGUAUAGUGAUUGUCGCAUAUGCCUUGGUUAAGGGUAUCUUCAUUGGUUUGUGCCAAAAAUCUGGCAAAGUAUCCACCAUUGUUAUUUUUGUGUUAGACUUCGCUUUCAUGGUUUACUUGUUCAUUGAAAAACCUUACUUGAACAAACCAACUAAUGUGGUGAACUACUGCAUGGCGAUUGUUAACACAGUCAACUCGUUUUUAUUCAUUUUCUUUUCCGACGUUUUUGGCCAGCCCGCCCAAGUGGGUUCUAUCAUGGGCUGGGUCUUUUUCAUUUUAAAUGCCGCCUUUUCGUUUAUUCUUUUGUUAUCAAUUAUUGCUUUGUCCUUGAUGGCAGUCUUCUCCAAGAACCCCGACGCACGUUUUGCUCCAGCUAAAGAUGAUAGAACAUCUUUCCAAAGACAAUCCUCUCUCAAGAGAAGAGAUCCUAGCGCAAACAAGGGCUUAAACGCUCAGAAUGAAUUGAGCGCCUUGGGUGCAGCAGCUCAAGACCAUCAAGCAGAUUGGGAAACUGAAAUGUACCGCUUGAAUGAUUUGAGUAAUGUCACAGGAUCAUCGGAUGCCUUGAUGGAUCUGACACGUGAAUCGGAGAAAGUGGAGUCCCUUGCAUUUGAGGAGAAGACCGAGCCGCAACUAGAUGAUGAAAUGGCCACUCCCACAUUUGGGGAAAAGCUUAAAAGCAAAAUCGGAAGAACAUUUUCCACCAAAUCUAAAAGUACUCCUGAAGACAGCAGGCGCAUAACGCGUGUGAGUGAAACACUUGAGGAUGACUCGGUGAGUAAUCUUCCUCCUUCACCAGAGAAGAAAAAUCAUCGUCGUCAAGAAUCGGAGUCGGCAUACUCUGAUGUCUCGAAUGUUAAGCCUACAGGGUUCACUGGCAUUGUAUAA